AUGGCUACAAGUAAGGAGCCGGUUGAUAGCGCUCAUUUGGAGACGGCAGGCGUCUAUCCUGUGGUCAGCAACGAAGUACACGAAAAGGGCCACGCACCCAACGCCAACGCCAAAGGUCGCGACAAGGCGGCCGAGUUCUUGAGCCAAGCUGGGCAUCCAAUCGUAGUUACGCCAGAGAAUGACAGAAGGAUCGCCCGAAAAGUCGAUAUGCAUCUGCUUCCGAUUCUUCUUUUCGUUUACUGUCUGCAAUCUCUGGACAAGACUACACUCUCUUAUGCGUCCGUCUUCAAUCUCUCGCAGGAUGCACACUUGGAGAAGACCCAGUUCUCGUGGCUUGGAUCAGUUGUGUACGUCGCCCAGCUUGUCUUCCAACCUGUUGUCGCAUAUACACUGGUUCGCUUUCCCAUUGGUAAAUUCUUGACAGUCAUGGUGUUCUGCUGGGGUGCCGUGCUCUGUGGUAUGACAGCAGCCACCAACUUUGGCGGCUUGAUGGCAGCGCGCUUGCUCCUUGGCGCAUUUGAAUCCUGUGUUGCGCCGACGUUCAUUGCUAUCAUUCAGAUGUGGUACCGACGAGGAGAGCAAACUAAACGCAACGCCGCCUGGUACGCCACUCUUGGCAUCGUCAAUAUUCUUGGAAGUCUAUUGACAUAUGGCCUGGGCCAUAUCAACUCGCCACAUCUCCAUUCAUAUCAAAUCAUCUUCCUCUUCUGCGGCCUUCUUACGGUCGUCUUCUCAGUAAUCAUGUUUUGGUUCAUGCCAGAUUCGCCCAUGGAAGCCAAGUUUCUUAACCGCGAUGACAAAUUCCUUGCUGUUGAGCGUCUCCGUAUGAACCAGAUGGGUAUUGGUUCAGGUGUAUGGAAAUGGGGCCAUGUCUGGGAAGCCUUGCUUGACCCAAAGACUUGGCUAUGGUUUUUCCUCAUGCUUAUCAUCUCUAUUCCUAGUGGUGGAAUUUCCACUUUUGGACCACUCAUCAUCAAGUCCUUUGUCAACGACAAGUUCAACACAAUCCUUUUCAACAUGCCAUUCGGCGCAGUGCAGAUCAUCGCCACCAUUGGUGGUGCGUGGCUCGCAGACCGUAUCGGCAUGAAAUCCGUGGUUCUGAUUCUUCUCUGCUUACCGCCCAUUGCCGGCCUCGUUGUUCUGCACCUCGUUCCACGUGUACCAGGAAACCAAGGCGCGCUGCUCGCUGGCUACUAUAUCAUCUCCGUGUAUCCAGGAAUUUCGCCCCUGAUUUAUUCCUGGUCAAGUCAAAACACAGGUGGUGAUACCAAGCGAAAAGUAACUACGGCUAUGCUGUUCAUUGGCGCCAGCGUCGGAAACAUUAUCGGUCCUCAGCUGUUUACAGAAGCAGAAGCACCCAGAUAUGAGCGUGGACUCCGUGUCAAUCUCGCUCUGUUUGUCGUCCUGGCAGCUCUGAUUCUGAUUGGCAUGGGCCUCAUCACUCUUCUGAACCGCCGCCAGGCAGCCAAGAGAAAGACCAUGGGCAAAUCAGAGCAGAUUGUUGAUUUGAGUAUGAGAAAGCACAGCAAGUCAAACCAUGAGGCAGAUGCAAUUAACCAGGCUGGGGACUCUACCGGUGCGAAUGCGUUCGAGGACACUACGGACAUGAAGAACGAGGACUUUAUUUACGUUUAUUAG